AUGAACGAUAUUUACGCACGGCGGUUGGCGCAAGCAACAAUGUUUCAUCAACUUAUGCGUUGCCAUGGGACCCUGUGGGCAGCGACACAGGUGACGAAAGAACAGAUGGAUUACAAUUUCAUACGAGAGGAAUUCAUGCGAGUGAAUGGACGCCGGGCAAUGCCACUUCUCCUUGGCGCUGCCGCAAAUGAGAAUCUCCACCAGUUGCAUUUGAGUCACUUAUCGGAACAUUGUGCGUGGGGUGAGAGCGCGCGGGCCCUGGCAGUCCAGAGGCAAACACCACUAUCGCAACGUGUCGCCGCGCUGGGUAGGAUGGCAGAAACAAUUCACCAGGUAAAGACAGCGUCAACAGUGCAGAAUCUUUUUAACGAACAAAUUUCCUGCAUGGAAGGAAUUAGCUCCUUUGAGGAAGAACCUCUUAUCGAAGGUGAGUAA